UGGGUGUCACGUGACAGCCUCGGGGCGCGCUCCGCUGUGCACCUGCAGAGAGGAGGAGGAGGAGGAGGAGAAAGAGGAGGAGGAGGAGAUUGGAUACCUCGGUCGAGCUGAGCUGCCGCGUUUCACUCGAGCUCCAAGUAGUUUGACGAAGUUUCAGCGAACAAGUCGUGGAUUAGCCGGAGCAGAGAUGGAGCUGCGUGUGUCCCGGGUGUGCUGCGUCCUGCUCAGUGUGUGCGCAGGUUUGGUCUCGGGUCUAGAGAUCACGUCUACAGAGGCGACGUCCAUAGAGAAGGCCAGUGGUCAGAGUGUGAAGUUGGACUGUCAGUUUACUCUGGCCCCUGAAGACUCUGGACCGCUGGAUAUUGAAUGGAGCUUACUGUCUUCUGACAACCAGAAAGAGGACAAAGUGGUUAUCCUGUACUCAGGCGACAGGUCCUACGAUGACUACUAUGCACCCAUGAAAGGCAGAGUCCACUUCAACUCAGCCGACCCCAAAAACGGCGACGCCUCCAUCAACCUGACGGGGCUCAAAUCAACAGACUCGGGCACCUACCAGUGUAAGGUGAAGAAGGCUCCCGGUAUCCGCAGCAGGAAAAUGUUGCUGAUCGUCAUGGUGAAGCCGUCCAAGCCCAAGUGCUACACCGAAGGCCCCACACAGGAAGGCAAAGACAUUACGCUGAGGUGCAAAUCUACCGAGGGCACCAACCCCCUGCAAUACAGCUGGGAAAAGAUCAGUGAUGGCAAGCUGCUGCCUGCUGCCUCGGUGCUGGACCCUGUGGGAGGUACCAUUAAUGUGAGGAACGCAUCUGCCAGCGCAUCAGGCACCUACCGCUGCACUGCCACUAAUCGGGUUGGCGCAGAGGAAUGUAUACUACACCUCAGUGUAACACCUCCCCCCAACACCGCAGGCAUCAUUGCAGGAGCCAUAAUUGCUGUACUCCUGAUCCUCAUCAUUAUUGCCAUCAUCCUCUUCUGCUGUUGCCGUGCUCGUAACAGGAAGAAGUACGAGAAGGAGAUCUGCAAUGAGAUAAGAGAGGACGUGCCUCCUCCUAAGAGCCGUGUUUCCACAGCACGCAGCUUCACCGUGGGCAGCCAGCGCUCCUCCCUGGGCUCCAUGUCGCCUUCCAACCUGCACGAGUAUGCCCUGAAGCCCCAGUACGACAAGAUUCCCUCAUCAGAAGAGUUCGAGAGGCCACCGAGCCGCGCCCCUCUGCCCCCGCCCACCGGCGCCAAGAUGGCCGGCCCCAACCUCAGUCGCAUGGGAGCCAUCCCUGUCAUGAUCCCUGCCCAGAACAGGGACGGCUCAAUUGUCUAGCAUGUCCUCUGCAGAUGAAGGGACUGUCUCACAAGGGGAGGGAACAGAGGAAAGUACUAGGACACAAGCCAAUGAAGAUGGAGCGAGAGCUGGGAUGGGCUGACUCACCUGACUUGUAGCUCACAUGGGAGUAUACUCCUUGUAUGAAGACCUGGCUCUGCUGUGGUGCUGAGAAGAGAAAUGAAGUUGUACUAGAAUCACGACAGAGCACAUUUACUUUUUAUCAAAUAUAAAUACAAAAAAAAAAAA